AUGCCUCCCAAACCAGCUGAAAAGAAGCCAGCAACCACUGGUGGUAAAGCUCCGGCCACUAAAGUUCCAAGUGAAAAAAAGAAACCGGCAGCCCCUGGUGAAAAAGUCAAGAAGAGAAAAAUGAGAAAAGAAACGUACUCAAGUUACAUCUACAAAGUCUUAAAACAAGUCCACCCGGACACUGGUAUUUCGAACAAGGCUAUGUCGAUCAUGAACUCUUUUGUAAAUGAUAUUUUUGAACGUAUUGCUGUUGAAGCCUCCAAACUUGCGGCGUACAACAAGAGAUCUACUAUUUCGUCUAGAGAAAUCCAAACAGCAGUUAGACUUAUCCUUCCAGGAGAGUUGGCGAAACACGCAGUUUCCGAAGGUACCAAGGCCUCGAACACCUUACGUCCUUAUUUAGCUGCGGUUCGAUCAACCUUGACUGCUGUUCUUUGCUUAGAAAAUUUUUCAUCGCAGAUUGUAGAACGUCAUAACAAACCAGAGGUUGAGGCACGAUCAUCACCGGAAAUAGUGUUAAAUCCUCUUACAAUUAGUCGAAACGAAAAUGAAAAAGUUUUAAUAGAACCAUCAAUUAAUUCAAUUCGUAUCAGUAUUAAAAUAAAACAGGCUGAUGAGAUUGAAAGUAUUUUGUGUCAUAAAUUUACCAGGUUUAUGACGCUUAGAGCCGAGAAUUUCAUAAUUUUGAGAAGAAAACCUAUCAAUGGUUAUGAUAUUAGCUUCCUAAUUACCAAUUUUCAUAUGGAACAAAUGUACAAACAUAAGUUGGUAGAUUUUAUUAUUCAAUUCAUGGAGGAAGUAGACAAAGAAAUUAGUGAAAUGAAAUUAAGUUUAAAUGCUCGAGCUC